CCGCGGGCCGGACGCAGACGCCAGCCCGGGGCAGAGCCGCGGUCGGGGCCUCCGCCGCCAUUUGACCUUUUCUGUGAUUUGCUAGAAUUAGUGUCUCAGUAGCAGUGAUGGGUGUGAGAGGUCUGCAGAGUUUUGUGGAUCAUGCCUGCCCAGCUGUGUGCGUCCAGGUAAACCUGAAACAGAUGGCCGAGAGUUAUCAAAGCACCCAUCACGGCCGGUCACCUGCUGUGGUAGUGGAUGCAAUGUCAUGUCUCCGAUAUUGGUACAACUCAGAGUCAUGGGUCCAUGGUGGCCAAUGGCGUGAAUACCUGAAGAGACUAAAGGCAUUCGUGGAUGCUUUUGCAGGAGCUGGCAUUAGACUGGUGUUUUUCUUUGAUGGUGUGAUAGAGCAGAAGAAAAGGCAUGAAUGGGUCAAACGCAGACUGAAGAACAACCGAGAGAUAGCAAGAAUCUUUCAGUGUAUAAAAGCAAAGGCUUGUCAGCCUGGAAGAGAAAUGUUCUUCAUUCCAUCUGGACUGGCCACAUUCACUCGUUUUGCUUUGAAGUCGAUUGGUUUAGAAACAAUAUGCUCCCUGCAAGAGGCAGAUUACGAAAUAGCCAGCUACGCUAGGUCAGAAGAUUGCAUGGCAAUCCUGGGACAGGACACUGAUUACCUUGUUUAUGACACUGCACCUUACCUUUCGAUAAACAAACUCCAUUUGGACAAUAUGGUCACUAUUAUGUACUCCCGUGAACAGCUCUGUCAGGUUCUUGGACUGCAUGUGACCGACUUGCCAGUUUUGGCAUGUCUCCUUGGCAAUGAUGUGGUGCCAGAAAACAUGCUGGAAAGAUUCAAACGCGAAUGCUUGGCCAGACACUUAUCAAGUAGCCCAACCCGAAAGCAGGAAGUGGUCUCAGUAGUGGCGCACUUCUUAUCUGGCUUCUCCCGUUCACAAGACGGGCUGAGAGAGGUGCAGAGAAGCCUGCAGUGCCGCUCAGAUGAAAACUUGUUAGAAAUGGGAGUGGAAUCAUACUUGCUGCCUGAACAAUACUCACCGUGGCUUCCUCAUAGCAAAAAACCUUCAACGACAGAAAGUGCCACGUACCCUGACCUGCAAAUUUUGCAGAUUUCAAGGGAUCAGCACAUCAGAGCAGAAAGCUUCAUGGUUUACAACGUCCUGAGUGCUGGAGAGGUUUAUUGUAGCAACACACUGGAAGAUGAUUCGGACACAGAACUUUCAGGACAGGCUAUCGUUUAUCGACCCGUUCGACAGUCCAUCUAUGGAGUUCUUCUAGAAGCCAAACCAAGUGUCCAAUCUGGUGCAGCGAGAUCGUGUCCUACUGUAAAGGAAUGGUUUGUCUACCCCGGUAACUCACUCCAGCACCCAGAUCUUGUCCCAGCCUUAGCACCAGAGCUGCCAGGAGGAACUCCAGACUUGCAAACCUUGUGGUUGACAGAAGGGCCAGAGGUUGAGAAGCUGCGUUUUUCCAUGUUUCUCGCAUGCUUUGGUUUACAGGAGUUUGCUGAAGAAAUGGCUGUUCUAGAGCCUCCUCUAGCCGCUGCCUGCUGCCUCCUGAUCUAUAUUACGUUACAGGUAACCACACUCUGCCUGGAGGACGUGGAUGCAUAUCUGGCUCAGGUUAUCUGUGUCCGUGAUAAACCAGCUGACAUUCUUGCUAAGAUUCAGGUGCCCCGUGUUGACUCUCGGGCUGUGCACCUGGCAUCCCUCUUUGUUCGUGGGCUAACCGUCCUUGUUUCAGCUAAUAGUGCCUGUGGAUUUCCAUUUAAAAUGGUUGAUCUGAUGCCGUGGGAGGUGUUUGAUGGGAAGCUUUUCCACGUGAAGUACCUGCAGUCUCACAGUCAAUGUACAAUGGAGGAGCUUCUAGAGAAGAAGGAGAGUCAGAUUCAGCGUUUUCAGGAGCUGAGGCUCCUCCUGAGAACCACUUGUGAACAGAAGAAGAGGACAAUACAGAGCAAGCCACGACCUCAUGGACCCGGAACUUUUGAAGGGCUUAAUCCCCACAGUAGCGAUGUCCAUCAGCCGUUCCAGCUUGGACAGAGGGAGAGCCACUCUUCCCGAUAUUCAACCCAUCACCCAGGUUACCAGGGCAGAUGUCCCUGGCCUGGUACUUCUGAUCCAGGAAAAACAGGGAGAGGAUCACAACCACAAAUGGGACCCCGGAACAAGAGGCUGCAGCUCGCUCCACGAUGGUCUGGACCUCAAAGUCCUCGUCCUGGCUGGAAUUAGUUGCACUGGAGAACUGAGUGUGAAAAAUAUCGAGAUAUAAUUUGUGGUAUUUCUUUAUUGAAUUAUGUGUAUCUACAAGAACUUGGCUCCAAAAAUAGAUUGUUCCUGGGCAUCGGCAUGACCUACUUCUGGAAGGAGUCCGUUUGCAUGUCUUUGAUCUCUUGUUAAGGAAUCCAUUAUUACAUGGAAGGAUGGAAAUAGGCAUUUCGGCCAAACAAGCUCAUGUUUAUACUCCACAUGAGCCUCCACCGCUCCUAAUCCCCUCUCCCAUUCCCCUCCAUUCCCUAACCCUAAAAUACCAUGUGAAAUACUGCAAUUAUAAAUCUACUGCAAUUUAUAUCCCAUCAGUAGAACUGAAGGAAGAUGUGCUGCUGAUAUCUAAAUGUUUAAUGUGCUGUAAAUAUCUUUGUGACUAUUAGCUUCAAAUUUGAAUUGCAUUAUUGUACUACUCUAAUGACUGGGUUUGAAAGUGCUUCAUACAGUUGGAUAGUUUUGAUUUUUUUAAUAAGUGCAUGAUUUGUACUAAAUUAUAUUAAAAGAGCAAUAUUUAGCAUUCGAGUCAGGAAAACUUUAUUUAAGCUAGAUGCCACAUUCAUUGGAAGUACUAACCAAGAUAAUGCUAAGGUCAACUGUGCAGUUCUCAGGAACCUGAUGCUUAUUAUUGUACCAUCAGUAUAGCCCAUUGGUUACAAUGUGUUAGCACAUUGCACAGUGGUGACAGAGCAUUUUAGUUAUUAAGGCAGAAAGCUGGAUUGGUAAAAAUGUGGUUUGCCCAUGGAUCUGCCCCCACUGGUGAGAACAUACAGCAACGUCUUGCACCCCCUAUUGACAGCUUUCUGUGAAAGACGAUGCGAAUAAGCACAUUUGCUCUUUUUUAUUAUGUUUUUCAUCUGCAGUCUAGCUUUUCUUGAUCUGUGUAUCUAUUUCCCCAGCUUCCUCUGUUCCUCCACUCUCCUAGAUAAUUUUACCAUUAAAGGGAUAUUUCUGUUUCAUGUUUUCCCCAUAA